AACCCCUUUUCGUGCUUAGCGACGGAACACAAGAGAAAAUUCCCUUCGGCCGUGGAAGCCACAGGAGGAGAAGAGAACCGAAAACCAGAGCUCAUCAGCCAUGGCGGUCAGGAGAAGCGAGAAACCCGCCAAAACAGACGAAGAUACGACGAAGAAGACGACCAAAAACGACAUCUUCGCGUCUUGCUCUUUCUCCAGCCUCGGCCUUCACCCCACCUUAUGCGGCCAGCUCCGAGAAAGAAUGGGAUUUGAAGCUCCUACUCAAGUACAGGCUCAAGCCAUUCCGGUUAUUCUCUCCGGCCGCCAUGUACUUGUUAAUGCCUCUACGGGCUCUGGCAAAACAGUAGCGUAUUUAGCUCCUGUUAUCCACCACUUGCAGAAUUACAAUCCUAGAGUUCAACGCUCCGAUGGAACUUUUGCGUUGGUUCUUGUACCGACGCGUGAGCUAUGCUUGCAGGUGCACGAAAUUCUGCAGAAGUUACUGCACCGGUUUCAUUGGAUCGUACCGGGUUACGUAAUGGGGGGUGAAAGCAGGUCGAAAGAGAAAGCCCGGCUGCGUAAAGGCAUAUCCAUUCUUGUUGCAACUCCUGGACGACUCCUGGAUCACCUAAAGAAUACAUCAUCAUUCAUGUACUCAAACUUACGUUGGAUAAUAUUUGACGAAGCAGAUAGGAUUUUAGAAUUAGGCUUUGGCAAAGAAAUAGAAGAAAUUCUAGACCUUUUGGGUUCAAGGCAACAUGGGUCCAUGAACAAGGAUGCCACCGUCUCAAGUACAUCUGAAUUUGAGAGGCAGAAUUUGCUUUUAUCGGCCACAUUAAAUGACAAAGUGAACCACCUGGCUAAAAUUAGCUUAGAAAAUCCUGUUAUGAUUGGUCUGGAAGACAAGAGGAUGCAGCCUUCUUCUUCACCUGAACACUUGGGAUCUCUUGGAUCUGACAGGGAGGACACAGAUUAUACAUUUAAAAUAACAGGCCCGUCUGUUGAAGAUUAUAACCUUCCAUCUCAACUUAAUCAAAGAUACGUAAAAGUGCCAUGUAAUGCACGGCUUGCUGUACUUCUUUCCAUUUUAAAGAAUCUUUAUGAGAGAGACGCAUCUCAAAAGGUUGUGGUAUUCUUUUCAACAUGUGAUGCAGUAGAUUUUCACUUCUCAUUGUUAAGUGAGUUCCAAUACUCACCUUACUCGCAACCAGAAGCAGAACUCAAACAGAUGUUUCUUAAGUGCAAGACUCUCUGUUUACAUGGUAAAAUGAAGCUGGAGGAUAGAAAAACCACAUUUCAGGCCUUCAAAACAGAGAAAUCGGCUCUUCUUUUGUCCACAGAUGUUGCUGCUAGAGGGUUAGAUUUUCCAAAAGUCAGAUGUAUCGUACAAUAUGAUUCUCCAGGAGAGGCUACUGAAUAUGUACAUAGGGUCGGCAGAACUGCUCGGCUGGGCGAGAAAGGAGACUCGUUGUUGUUUUUACAGCCAGUAGAAAUGGACUAUUUACAUGAUUUGGAGAAACAUGGUGUCUCAUUGACAGAGUACCAACUCUCCAAAGUGUUAGAUAGUUUCCCGUUAUAUGGUGAAAAACAUCGCGUCAAGAAGUUUAUAUCCAUAGAGUCACAUCCAUGGGUGGUAUCUAUGCAAAGGGCACUUGAAGCAUUUAUCGUAGCUCAGCCAAAAUUGAAGCAGCUAGCCCAGAAGGGUUUUUGCUCUUGGGUGCGUGCGUACACAGCUCACCGCGGCGAGCUGAAAAGAAUAUUUAUGGUGAAGAAGCUUCACUUAGGGCAUGUUGCGAAAAGCUUUGCAUUGAAAGAACAGCCGUCAUUGGUCAACAGAUCGCUCCAGAGGGAAACAAUGAAGCGGAAGAGAGAUGAAAAGCAAAAGGGGCUAUCAAAGAAGAGGAAGGUUGCUAGGAAAGCUUGAUGGCAGAACAAGUAUCAAUAAAUUGGCUUGUCAAUAGAGAUACAGAUGAUGAAGCUUGUUAUGGCGGACCACUCUCUUAUUCGACAUGACAAUGUCAGUGCUGUCGUUUGUCGUCCCAAGCGGAAGCUGCUUCGCCUUUUUCCACAGUAAAAGGAGCGGUCAUCGGAAAAAUUGUGAGUGGAAGCUGACAAUGAAGCACCUGCCUAGAUUAUGGCCUUGUACGUUUUUCAUCAAUGGGAGAUCUCUGUUGCGUAUUUAAAAGGGGCCUACCUUUUUUUUUUCUUAGUUGAGAAUCUUAUGAGCAUUUUUGAAAGGUUGUAUUACUAUUCAUGUUUUGGUAUAAAAAAGAAACUUUCUAUAGUUGGAUA